UCACAAAAAUAGUACUGUAGUACUCACAAACACACGAGAGUACUUAUCAACCGUAAAUAAACCCCAGUCAGACAUUCGACAUGACAAUUGACAAAAGAAGCAACGAUGAACACACACAUUCACCACGCAGUGUCCGAGCGCGUUGCUUUCACUUGUACGAUCACUCCAAAAAUUACCAAAUCUCAUCCAUACUGAAGACAGGAAACCAAAUGCGUUUCACGAGGUCUCCUCCCAUGAGAGAUCAAUAUUAUGAACCCCUGCAAUCGGUGUUAUCUAGCGACUCUGAAUCUCCUUCAGAGAAAAUUCUUAAAAUUAUCAUGCCGAACGAUAUACUUGACGAUGAUGUUUCUGUUCCUUCAUCAUUUUCGCCUCCGUCGACCAAAUUGCCGAAGAGGAAAGCAAACGUUGAUUACAGGGAGCUAUCUCACAGAUGCGAGAUYCAAAGAAAUAGUGUACGAUUUCAUUCCAAAGUUCUUGUCAUGAGAAUACCAUCUCGAUCUCAGUACACCGAAUCCAUGAAACGAAAUAUGUGGUGUUCUCUAUCCGGGAUCGCGAGGUCGGCCCAACGAAACACCAUCGAAUUUACUUCCGAAGGAUGGGACUGGCGCAAUGCUGUCGAAGAGGAUUCUAUGUACGUGCAUCCAAAGACUGGACAAUAUAUCCAUCCUGUGCACGUACACAGAGCUGCUUCUUCGGCGUCAAUGAAGCCAACGACGCCGGAGGUAGAUAGAGAAGAAAGCAUUUCGACGUUWACGGAAUCAAACCGGGAAAGGGUAGGCAGUGACACUACGGGGAAUUUCACUGAUCAUACCCUGCCUGCCCACGAGUGACUGAAAUGAURCAUACUAGUCAAUGGGGUACAUGAGUUUYGUUCAAUUGCAAUCMUAUAARCCUUCGCACACGGGUUGAAGCGAAGCGGGGACGAAAAAGAACGAACUAAAUGCAAUUUUAUGCAUCUUUCUUUUCCUUUUCACUUGGAGGUCGCGCACUAAAWKAUGAACGGGAUGAUAAGCGAUAAUUAUUCCCUACAAGUUGGGAAAAACAAACUUUGGGGCUACAAAGAGAAUAAUUAUACUAUCAGGGAGAUGGCUUUUGAUAAAUUCUAAAAUGUUCAUCUAAUACCUAAUACACUAUUGGAUAACUAUUAAGUUGUACCUUUCUUGCAGAUCUCGUUAAUUGGAGUGCGAAUUGUUGCAUCAUCACCAUUUCCUUGUUGCCGGUUUGUCCCUCAUACAAGUCAGUGGAGUAUCAUGAACGUUAUAGCUAGCAAUACUAGUACUUAAAGUAAUUAUAGUAGUUCCAUCCCCUCAGACUCCCCUUUCUAUCAACAAUUUCAGUCGAGGAAAAACUAUUCUAGUAUUUUUUUUCUUUUCGACUUCCAUGAUURCUUACGCUUCGUAUGAACGCAAGUACUGGUUCGUACCCGCACGAGUACCGUAUUGUUCUACUUCUGUGGUAAAUGUGCUAUUUGAGACACAUAUUACGGAACGAACGGACUACAUCACAACAUCAUUUCACAUCACGAGAACCGAUCACGAAGAUAUCGGCAGAAUGCAAUCCAAAAUCCUGUUCGAUACAAUCUUUUGGUCUCGUUUGUUGCUGAAAUGACAGGAACGCACAUGGCGAACAUCAUUCACUUCAUAAGAGCUGUUCAGUACUCGCCAAAUUCCCUAAMUAGGUAGAUCAGAUUCCCAUAACGUUGGAGUUAAAAAGCAGUUGUGCCAUGGUAUCUAGAAGCAAGCAASAAGGAGGCGUUGCGUCGUUGCCGGAGAAAGAAGAAGAAUCAUCAGGGCCAAACAUUAACCGACCAAGAAAUUUUYUGGCAACAGAUGCGACGAAGCCCUUCGACUUUUCGUUCAUACAAUAUGGCAAGCCGGCGACGAUUWCUGUCAACCAAUCGGCCGACGACGACACUUGGCCAGGAGGCUCACUCUGGGACAUCGGUAUAAUUCUCUCUGACUUCUUGGUGCAGUUGGCUGGAUUCAAAUCCACGAAAAAAGAACAAUCGAAAGAAAAAAUUCCAGAAAGAUUAUUACAAGCGAUACCAACCGUCAAGGAUCUCACUGUGCUAGAGCUUGGAUGUGGCACAGGGUUGACUGGUAUUGUGGCAGCGGCAGUGCUAGGAACACAGCUCGCAAUAGUAACUGAUCUUAAAGUUGUAGUAGAAAAAGUAGCAGCCCCAAACAUCGAACUCAAUUCGACGCCUUCAGUAGGAGGAAAYGGAAAGGAUACUCCUUAUAGGUUGACAAAAGCUGGUAAACGAGGAAGAAUAAUUGCGAUGCCUUUGUGUUGGGGAGAUGAACAAGACGAAAACGCUGUGUAUGAAUGCUUCCGUAAAUAUACAAAGUGUGCGGCGAAAUCCCGACGGAAGCAAAAAGGCAAGAACAAACAGCCUGAAAAGGUAGACAUGGGGCAUCCCGACUUGAUAAUUAUUGGUGACGUUGCUUACCAGCACUAUCCUGGUGCACCAAGUCAUUUUGAUGUACUCCUUUCGACGGUGUUGAGAUUCUUAGGUCCAACAACUCUCGUAGUAUUUGGCACUCGAAUGAGGUAAGCACGUUUUAUGAUAAAUUUACUAUGCAUUUGAAAGCACAACGGUCACCAGGCUAUGCAUUKAGCUUKUAAACAUUCUCAAAACGACAUUUUCGUUUAUCUACUGCCUCAGGAUGCCGGCUUCUGCCGAUUUGCUCCACAUGUUCUUGGAACACAUGGAAGAAGUUACCAGCCCUCCUAUACAAGCUGACGAAAUUGACCCCACUUUCAAAAAAUACAAACAUCAAAUAACGAUUCAUGUUUUGAAAAAGCGGAAAGAUGGCAAAGCUGUAGCUGCGAGUGGCACUAAAACGAGAUAGUCGUCAACAAACUGUGUCGCCAAAGAUCAAGAGAGAAAAACGAACUUCGGACGUUGUGAGCUUCGCACACGACAGUAUUCUACAACUUUCAAAUGGUUUAUAGCAUCGAAGUCAUAAGUGCUCUCGAUUUCCGUUUCAACCGAUUAUUCCACCAAAUGUUCUUCGCUCUUUUUCCCGGGUUAAUGCGACGCAACCUCGACAAUCACACUUUAAAGUCCCCUGAGCCUUGGCUUCAACACUCCAAGGGAUGGUCUGAUGAAGAUCAAGUUUCCAUGGAUCCUGCUUGUCAGCACGCACGAAUCGCUGAAUCGCCAGAAGACUUGCUGAGUCCAUACCUGUGUUUGCAGGAAAUUCUACACAUGUAGUAUAAGCUUCGGUGUCUGAAAAUAUUGUAACAUCAGGCUUGGAAACUUGCAUACCACUCGGUCGCGCGCCUUCCACUAAGCAAUCUUU